CUCCCCCACUCCUCUCUCUCUCUCUCUCUCUCUCUCUCUCGUUUUGGAUCUACGCGACCCCAUCACCAACACCCCUAAUUCUCCGACGAAUCCUCACUCCUUCCCUCUUCCUACGAAGUAGAAUCCCUAGAGGUGAGGAGGGAAGAGGAGAGGAGGCCGCGGUGAGGCCAUGGCCGCGGUCGAGAUCCAUCAAUUCGCCGAGUGCAUCACCUGCCACGCAUGGAGCCCCGAUCAAUCGAUGAUUGCAUUUUGUCCAAACAAUACUGAAGUGCAUAUCUAUAAAUUGUUGGCAGACAAGUGGGAGAAAGUACAUGUUCUUUACAAGCAUGAUCAAAUUAUAUCUGGAAUUGACUGGAGCGUAAAUUCAAACAAAAUUGUAACAGUAUCACAUGAUAGGAAUUCAUAUGUUUGGAGCCAAGAAGCAUCUGAAUGGGUACCUACUCUUGUCAUUCUUAGGCUAAACAGAGCUGCUCUAUGUGUUCAGUGGAGUCCUAAAGAAAACAAGUUUGCUGUUGGAAGUGGAGCUAAAACUGUUUGCAUAUGCUACUAUGAGCAAGAGAACAACUGGUGGGUUAGCAAGCUUAUCAGGAAAAAGCAUAAUUCUUCUGUCACAAGUGUUGCCUGGCAUCCUAAUAAUGUUCUUCUUGCAACAACAUCUACUGACGGUAAAUGCAGAGUGUUUUGCACUUUCAUCAAGGGCGUAGAUAAAAGGGACUUGGGGGAAGGCUCUUCUAAUGAUCUAAAAUUUGGAGAGCAAAUUGCUCAACUCGAUCUGUCAGUUACUUGGGCCUUUGGUGUAAGGUGGUCACCAAGCGGAAAUACCUUGGCCUACACAGGUCACAACUCUAUGGUAUAUUUCAUUGAUGAUGUUGAGUCUUCUCCUUCAGCACAGACUCUGGCCUUGCGUGAUCUGCCUCUCCGUGAUAUCCUUUUUCUUUCUGAGAGAGUGGUCAUUGGCGUUGGCUUUGACUGCAAUCCUAUGGUCUUCACCGCAGAUGAAACAGGGCUCUGGAGCUUUGUCAGGUAUUUAGAUGAGAGAAAAGUAGCUCCAACAAGUUCUAAAGGUUCACAGUUCUCUGAAGCCCUUGGGAAGCUGUAUGGACAAUCGAAACAGAGCACAAGCAAUGAUACAGUUGAACCUUCAAAAUUUCGUGGUGGUGCUCAUGCGAACUGCAUAACCUGUAUUGUACUGCUAAGAAGAUCAGCGGCCACCACCGUGAAACGUUUCAGCACAUCAGGGUUAGAUGGCAAAAUAGUGAUCUGGGAGUUGGAUAAUUCCAUAGAUAUUCAACAACCUGGUUAUCGUUGAUGAUGAGAAAAUGAAAAAUUUUCUUCCCAGUAGCCAAAGCAGUGGCGCAUUUGGAAGGAAGUUGCGCGGAUGGGACGAGUAUUUUAAAUUCCUUAGUUAUACUUCAACAGGAAGCAGGUCGGAUUGAUUAUGCUCUACAGUUAUUUCGGCCGACAGGUGUUGUAAAAUAUACCUAGUCACACUCACUAGUUUCGUUCUUCUCAUUCGAGAGAUAAUGUUAGUCUUUAGUUUCGCCUUUUGCCUCUUGGUAUACUCGGGUAGAUAACGGUGUAAUGGAAUAUUUGCGGCUUCCUAUUUGUUGACAUGAUGAACGAUUAUCGUGUUUAUGGCAUCAUGCUGCUCAGAAUCAUUGCAGGCUCUAUGUUUUUUUUAAAAAAAUUACUUUUUAUCCUGUUGUUCUGCAAAUUUGAGGUGAUCUUCAGCUGUUUGUAGUGUAA